GUUCAGUAGCCGCGGCGCUCCGUUUACGUUUGCACGCAGACAUGGUGAGAGUGGCUGUGGUCACCGGCUCCAACAAGGGCAUCGGCUUCUCCACUGUCAAAGGACUACUGAAGAGGUUCGAUGGAGUAGUGUUCCUCACCUCUCGUGACGAUGGCAGAGGCAAGGCAGCUGUAGCCAAACUUAACGCUCUCGGUCUACAUCCAGAGUAUCACCAGCUCGACGUGACAGACCGGAGCAGUGUCGCCAAGUUCAGGGACUACGUCAGAGACAAAUAUGGAGGCAUCGACAUCCUCAUCAACAACGCAGCUAUUUGCAACUGCACAGACCUGUACCUCUCCUACGAGGAGAGCAAGAACAUCAUCGACAUCAACUACUUCAGCUUCUUCAUCAUACAGGAGUACUUGUACCCGCUGGUUAGAGACAAUGGACGCAUCUUGAAUAUUUCUAGCGAUUGCGGACAUUUGUCGAAUAUUAGGAAUGAAUACUGGAUCAAAAGACUGUCAAGUAAAGACUUAACAGUGGAGGAUAUUAAUGAGUUUGUCAACUGGCACCUGGAAGCUGUGAAGAAUGGUACCUUCAUCAGGGCAGAUUUUGCGGACGAGGGUACGAUAGCGGCGUACAGAGUGGCGAAGGUGGCAGUCAGUGCACUAACUAUCAUACAGCAACGGGAGCUGGACGGGAGGAACAUCAUCGUGAACUCCAUGCACCCUGGUCUGGUGCGCACUGAUAUGACGAAGGGUGUCGGCUUCCUGGACGCAGAUCAAGCUGCAGAAACUCCUCUAUACAUGGUGCUGGAUGCUCCUGCAAGUAUUAAAGGUGCCUACGUCUGGUACGAUAAACAAGUUCUGGAUUGGUAUGAUCCUCAGGCGGACUGGUACUUUAAAUCUAUAAACUUUUCACAAUAAUUAUUCUGUUAAAUACCAUGUUGGUACACAGCCAUGUUUAUAAACUUGAUAACUAAAUAUGGUCAAUUUUUUUAUUUAAUAAUGUGAAGUUUUAUUUAUUUAUGUAAG